CAUGGCUCCUCCGGACACUACCAUGACUUCGCCCGGCGGUGUCGCCGCCGGCGACGACGACGAGGCGACAUGCCUGCACGCGCUGGAGCUAAUCUGCGCCUUCACCGUCCCCAUGACACUCAAGGCGGCGCUCCAACUCGGCCUCCUCGACGCACUUACCGAUGCCGCCGCCGGCGGCCGCCCGCUGACCGCGGACGAGCUGACCGUGGAGCUGCCUGCGGCGGACAAGGCCGAGGCGGCGGCGUCGGUUGACCGGAUACUGAGGCUCCUCGCGUCGUUCGGCGUGGUCAAGUGCUCAACGACCGAGGUGGGGCCUGGCGGUGAAGCUCUCCGGCGCUACUCGCCGGCGCCUGUGUGCAGGUGGCUCUCCGGUGGCAACAACCACCAAGGGUCUCUCGCCGCCAUGGCCAUGUUGGCCGUCGACGAGGACUACAUGAAACCCUGGCACCACAUGGGGGCGGCGGUUGCCGCUGGCGGGCCGCCGGCGUUCGAGAGGGCACACGGGAUGCCGUUGUUCGAGUACAUGGGGACGAAUCAUCGCCUGAACACGCUCUUCAACCAGGCAAUGGCGCAGAAGUCGGUGAUGGUGACCAACAAGCUACUCGAGCGCUUCCGUGGGUUCGACGACGAUGGCAUCGGCGUGCUCGUCGACGUCGGCGGCGGCACGGGCGCCACGCUGGAGUUGAUCACCUCCCGCUACAACCACAUCACCGGCGUCAACUUCGACCUGCCCCAUGUCAUUGCUCAGGCUCCACCUUUUCCAUGUAGGAGCAGGUACUCCGAGGUUUUGCACAAGAUCAAUGGACCCAAACUCAAAGAUCAUGAAGGCAAAAUUCGCCCAAGGGCAAACCCUCAGUUUGGCGACAUUAGACUCAUCGCCAACCAGCGUGGUGUCACUCUCCUCCCCGUAUUCAGAUUCAUCUAAGUCUGAGGAGAAGAUAUACCACUUCGGACCAAUCAACUCGAAGCUAUUUCAAGAUUAGAUCCAAUCUGGAUCUCACCACACCGAGGUGCAAUCUCUUGAGUUGGCACCUCCACCACUUGGGAUAAGGUCAACGUCCAGCCGACUGCUCAAUUCGCCACAUCGGACACCUACAGCAAGUCAAGAAGCUUCGUGCCCCUUAGAGAGGUCUUCACCAUCACUCGGGCAAUAACGGAUGAGGCCGAGAAGAAGUGCCAAGAGGAACAAGCAGCUAAGUUGGUCGAAGAACAAAGACAAGAAGAUGAGCGCCAACGACUUGAAGACAAAGUUAGAUGCCAGCGUGAGAAUAAAUCUUGGGAAGUAUUGAGGAGCCAGUUUUAUGCAAUGCUGAUUGCAUAUAGUGACCAGUGACUGUUGUGUAGCACAAGUACGAUUAUCUGAGCAUGUAGGAAGAAACAAGUUAGCAUAUUACUAGAGUUUGGAUGGGUUCCACACUAAUUACUGGUGGACUGCUUACUAUUUGAGUCUUCGAUGUGUUUAUGUGCUGAAUGAAAUUGCCCAAAUUUCCAGGCAAUGCAUUCGCCGAAAUUUUUUGUCUUGUCAUUUGGUUUGAUAAAGUUGACGUUAAGGAGAUACUGUAACCCCAAAAAAACCAAGAAUAAAUCUUGAACUUCUGUUAAAAAAAAUCAAAGGGGGCGUCGUUAAUGUUACCGAGAUAGUGGUCAGAGUGAAAAACUCUUUUGCCAAAUGUUUCUGUAUGUUCCUCAUGUCAUCCUUGUACAGAAUCAAAUUGAAUACGUCUAUGAAUAAGCCCUCUAUCAAUUUCUCAUUGGAGAAUGGUUCCUCUACAUCGUUUCCACAAGCCACAGAGCUGGCGAUCUUUAGGAGUAUUACGUUGUGAUUGUUUUCAAAUAUAAAU